UCACAGUCUGUUAUCUGUUUGCUCCUGGGUGUGAAUCUGUGCUGAUGCCUGAAAAACAAAAGUACACAAUGUCUCGCAUCGCCCCACACUUGUGGACUUGAUUGGUCGCCAUAUAACCAGAGGAGCUAUAUUAAAUCCGCAGACAAGAAAUAAUCCCAUUUUACAGGCUUCUAACUUCUUAAUAAAUUGACGCAUGUGUGACUGAGCACCAUUUUUUAUUUUUAUUUUAAAAACUGGAAUCUGUCAAACUAUCAAACUCAACAGAUCAUCUGUUCUAUCUAAAUGUUGUCAUCUGUGUCUCAAAGUUUAACCCUUACGUGCGUAACCGGGUGUGUAUCUUUGCUGCUGACGCGGCCGAAAACCUGAUCUUCAUCUUCAAAAUCACUCAGGCGUCUGUGCUGAGGUCGGGGUUAAGGCGAAUGUUAGGUUUAAAAACAAUAAAAAAACCCCAGCAAAAUAAAAAAAAUAAAAAAAUAAAUAAAAUAAAUGCAGGUAUGCUUGGCCUGCGUAAAAAUUGAUAUAAUUUAGGGGUUUUCCACCCUCUAUCUUGGCACUAAUAGGCCUUUAGCCAGAUAACCCCACUGGAACAAUGAAAAUCAGUGUAUAAGAGGCUCAGCUCUUCCAGCGUAUCCAAAAUAGUUCUGAGCAAAAUUCCGUUUCAGUAUUUUUCCUUUUCCACACGGCCAAAGAUCGACUUCAUAAACUCUUUCACUCAUAUAACCUACACGUUGAGACGUAGGCUAUCUGUCAUUUUGUGCCAGUGGUCACAUGGCUUUGGCCCUCAGGAAUGGAUAGAGAUGGAUCCCCACGUCAGCUUGUACGUCUAAGGAUUUCUGCUCCACCAGUCUGCCUCAAAGUGACUGGAGCGCAGCGUCGCGGAGGAACUAUGCAGGGAUUAUUAUAGGACGUUUUCAGCCACAGAAUAUGGAUUUUGAUGAACGGAUCUCUGGCUCCAAUAUGUAUUUACCGAGUUGCACUUACUACGUCUCCGGAGCAGAGUUCUCGGGUCUCCCUCAUUAUUUAACCCAGAGCCAGUCCUCUUGCCCCAUGACAUACUCCUACCAGUCCUCAGCUCUGCCACAGGUCCCAUCCGUGAGAGAUGUGGCUUUCAGAGACUAUGGCAUUGAUACUUCAAGUAAAUGGCACCACAGCAGGGGGAGCCUAUCGCACUGCUUCGCUGAGGACAUCGUGCACAGGGAAAGCUGGACGAGCCCGACCUCUCGGGGGGGAGAGAUCCUGGUGAAAGGCAGCCCCAGCGUCAGCCACUGCAGCUCCUCCAACCCGACGCCCAGCUUCUAUGGCAGCGUUGGCAGGAACGGGGUCCUGCCACAGGCAUUCGAUCAGUUUUUCGACACUGCCUACGGGAGCGCAGAGAACGGCGCAACGCCGACGGCACACGCGACAGACACGGAGAGACACGCCAAAGCAAGCCCAGCUCCUGCGCACCCGGGCUCCGACACGGCGGAGAGCUGCAGCCCCAAGUCGUCCUCCGGCCACAGCGAGGAGAAGCAGAGCAAAAGCAGCAGUGGCCAGAGGACGCGCAAGAAGAGAUGUCCAUACUCCAAAUAUCAGAUCAGGGAACUGGAGAGGGAGUUCUUCUUCAGUGUUUACAUCAACAAAGAGAAGCGUCUGCAGCUUUCGCGGAUGCUGAACCUGACAGAUCGCCAGGUCAAGAUUUGGUUCCAAAACAGAAGGAUGAAGGAGAAGAAACUGAACAGAGACCGUUUACAGUACUACACCACGAACCCCCUGCUAUAAAAAAAAACUGAACAAAGACAGCGGACACGCACCCCUCUCUUUUACACACACAUCUAUAUCAUUACCUGGACAAGAGGACGAGAUUUUAAAGUGCCACUCUCCAUAAAUAAUUAUUUAUACACCUUCAACACAAUUUGCUCUAUUAUUAUUAUUAUUAUUAUUAUUAUUAUUAUUAUUAUUAUUAUUAUUAUUAAGCUCGACAGAUGUUAAAGUUUAAUGGUUGCAUGGGGGUGCUUAUACGCAGAAAACCACAUCUGUCUGAUUUCCCUUCAUUUUAUUUAAUAAUAUACAUCAAGAUGCAUUAAAAAAAAAUCCUGAUUUUUUUUUCCACUAUAUGAUUAAAGUUUACUUGCGCACGCA